GUGCUGCUCCCAAGAGAGCUAAUGCUGUGUGACAAACCCUAUUUUCCCAAUCAAUAACCAGCACCCAAACCUGUCACAUCUUUACUUCUCCACUGCUCUCAAACGGCAUAUGACAUAGUGUUUGCUAUUGAGAUAUAUUCUCCAUCACUACAUGUCUUACAGGAAGUGAAGGGGCUUCACAGAAACCAAAAGAAAAAUUCUAAUCUAAAUAAAGGCACUUGCUUCAUGACUUCCUCUGUUAGAUCGAAGCUCGGCUGCGAGGGCACAUUAUAGUCAACCACCGUACAGCCCUCAGAACAGUUACGAUGCCAACAACAUGGAUCUCUGAGGCAAACCAUAAUGGAUCAUAACACAUCUUCGCCAGACAUCAUGGAAGACCCUGCCCCUCAAGUGUACCGGACUGUUAGCCUAGUGUUUUAUGGCAUUAUAUUCAUCAUAGGCACAGUGGUCAACCUGACCGCACUCUGGGUCUUUGCCUUGACCACUAAAAGACGGAACUCCAUCACAGUUUACAUGAUCAAUGUCGCUUUAGUGGACUUGAUAUUUAUCUUACUGCUGCCUUUUCGAAUGUUCUACUACAGUCAAGACUACUGGCCCUUCGGAGACGUGUUCUGCAGGAUUAACGCCGCAAUAACGGUGCUCUAUCCAUGCCUGGCCUUGUGGCUCUUCGCCCUCAUUAGCACAGAUCGCUAUGUGGCCAUAGUGCAGCCACGACACACUCGAGAACUAAAAAGCGUCCGUAAAGCCUUGCUGUCCUGUGCGGGAGUCUGGAUCAUGACCCUGGGCAGCACAGCUCCACUUGUUUUCCUGGAGGAAGACCCUGACCGCAACACAAACUAUACCACGUGCAUCAAGAUGCACGACAUCAUCUACUUGCGCCGCGACAAUCCCGUCAACUUCACGCGUAUCAUCUUCUUCUUCCUGGUGCCGGUGUGUAUCAUGGUGGGCUGUUACAUGAUCAUUGUGGACAACCUCAUCCACGGCCGCACAUCCAAACUGAAGCCCAAAGUCAAGCAGAAGUCCAUCCGGAUCAUCAUCACACUGAUCGUUCAGGUGCUGGUGUGCUUUGUGCCUUUUCACAUCUGUUUUGUGUCCAUGCUGCUGGCCAGCAGUGAGAGGGGUUACAACACCUGGGGGGCCUUCACCACCUUCCUGAUGAACGCCAGCACAGUGCUGGACAUCAUACUCUUCUACAUUGUGUCGAAGCAGUUUCAGGACCGUGUGAUCAGCGUGAUCUUGUACAGAAACUACCUGAGGAGCGUUCGCAGGAAGAGCCUUCACACCAACAGCAUUCGCUCGCUCAGCAACCUGACCAGUGCCAUGAUCUGAGGAAUAAUACAGCUGAUGGUAACAAUGUAAACUGAAUGUAAACAUAUCAGUGUUUGAAAUUAAAUGACAGAACUGAAGAUCAAGAUGAACGAUUAUACUAAAUAGUGAAACUGCUCACAGUAACAGCAGCUCUGCAGUUUAUUAUGCAGUCAACUCACAAGACGGAUCACAUGUGCUCAAGUGUCUUCAUUGACUGCUGCAUUGCAUCAUUGCUCAUUUGCAUAAAGUGAAACUUUUAUCAGUUUUGCUGCCAAAUACGCGUCACCACACACCGCAUAGUAACUUUAUGUGUGAACACCGCCAUAUAACAAACUAUUUCUUCAGUGGUUGUGUUUCAUGCUGCAAGUACGUGGGCUAUUUGAAAAAUCAAGAGUUUUUAAAAUCGAGUAAAAUUCAAGUUAUAAAUUGGGAUGCUACAGUUAGAGCCAUAUAUAAUGUAAUAUUUAUGAUAUUUUAAAUAGUUUUCUUGUUUGCAUAUAAAACAAUUAGGCCAGAAUGGGGAUGCACUGUAUAUAAACCUGAGUGCUCAAAACAAUGAAUUGGUGUUUGAGUAAGGCAAACAUGAAUUAAACUAUUUACUUUGAACAAAUUCAAUUAUAUUUAAUUGAAUGAUUAUUUCGAACUUGAAAUGACAUAAUAUAUUAAGUAAUCUGAAUUGUUUCAUUGUUUUGAAUUUAAUGAACUGAAAAUGAAGGGUAAAAGGUAAAAUUAUGUUAUGGGAGAUUUAGUAGUGUUCAAUACCAUCAUGGCAACGGGUGAAGCAUUAGUUUGGUUUAUAAAUGUUCUUUAGUGUCUCCAUUCAGCAAUCUACUAAUUAAAGCAUUGCUUUACCUAUUAACGAGUUAGCAUUUACUGAAUUAGCUAAUUAAUUGAAUUUACAUAAAUGUUCUGCUACUAAGCAUAUUUAAAUUGAGAUUACCAGGCAAUUCUAAAUUUGUUAUAUUUUUAAUAGUUGUAGUUUAAUAGUUGGCUUACUCAAAUAUUUCUAGUUAAGAGCAAUUUUACUUAAACUUAAACUUAAAAAAAAAAAAAAAUGUCUUAACUUCAUUUAUAAAAAAUACCCCCUCCCCCGCGUUGUUACAUUAUCACUGUAAGGUCUUUGAAAUAGUUUGCAUUGCAAAACUUUCUUUGCAGUCUUCGUGCAAUCUGUGCAGAACAUGUCUUUUGCUAAGCAUGCUUUUUUAUUCAUACCAAGUAUGAUCUUCAGUAACAGCGAAUGUCUUUGAAGAGGUUAGUUCAAAAGGAGUGCAUAUGUAUAUUUGGUCCUUUUAGAAGUGUAAAGCAAGAUCCUACCGUUCAGUGUGGGAUGGAAUGCUAAUUAAAUUUCCCCAAAAGGGAAAAUUACGUAAGAGCACUUUAUCUCAAAUUAUUUUGGUAUUUUAUAAAAAAAAAAAAAAAAAAAAGAUGCAUCACACACAUACAUUCUGCACCAUUUUGUUUAAUGCAAGCUGAUCACAAUUUAAACCGAGCUGAAACAGGAUUUUGGCACAGCACGACAGUAAACUUGACCUGUAGUAUAUAAAACGCCAGCAGGUGGCGCUACUGACCAGGGCAUAUUAAUGCUUCUCUUACAGUGCUUUAUCUCAAUAUCACCAUCAGGUGGUGUCAUGUAAUGUUAACAAAUCACUUGAAAGUGUCAUUCUAUCUGCUUAUAGUUUUAAAUAAUAUUCAAUUAUAAUUUUCUCUAUGUUUUCUAUGACUUUCCAUAAAAUAUGUGACUGCUGACAGAUGGACUGAUUUCUUCUUUGGGAAGAAAGACACAUGCUGUGGCUAUAUCCAAUCUAAGUGUUUCUUUUCUAAUUCUGUUAUAAUCACUCCUCAUGUGUUGCAGCUUUUGUGACCUAAUAUUUACUGAGAAACUGUAUGUAAUAUUUGUAAUUUUUUUUUAAAUGCCAAAUUGCAGGAUAAUUUACAUGAAAAAAAAACAUUUUAAAAAAUGAUGAUGACUGAUUACAUUUUAAACUGAAGAAAUUAUGCUGUAAAAAACUAUCAAUCUGUUAUGCAUAAAAUACUGAUACACUUAAUGUAUACCCUGCACUUUACUUGAUUAAGCUUAAUUAAAAUUGAUAUAUAGUUUUCUUCAAUAUUGUCUUCAAUCCAAGUUUAAUAUUCAGAAACAAGCAGUUACUCCUGAAGACUGUAAACACUGAGGUACUUUAAAAACAUUAUUCUGCUUUUCUUAAGCAGUCUAACAAGGCAACUUCGGACUCAUUCAGCUGCAGAUGGAGGAGCAGUAGGUGUGUUUGGGAAACGUCAAGCUUUGUGGAACAUGUUCAUAUGGCAUGUUAAAGUCCAAAUGAAAUACAAAAUGCUACUUUUACUUUGUUAACGCACAUUACUAGUAUUUGUCCAAAGGAGAAAAAUGUUGUUGCAAUCUUUAUUGAUCAUUUUAAAUCAAAAUCUGAAAAUUUAUAGUGACCUUCAUUCUAAAAAUCUCGCUGUCUAUUUUUUUUUCCCCUGUCAUUAUUCCAUUUCACUUGGCAGUGUGUCACACUACUAAAUUAAAUUCGGUCCCACUUUAUAUUAGG